GUUUGGCCUGUGCUGAAGAAACGAAAGCAAAAGCAACCUGUAAAAAGCGCUGACACACAGACUGACGCUUUUUAUCUUCGAUUCAGAAUCAGCUAUCAACUUUAUUUCUCAUCUCCUCUGUCUUCACAGUUAAGAUGUAUUACAGUUUGGAGCACUGUGAGCUGCAGACUGGAGGUUUCUGCUUUGAAAACAGUCGCAGGAAUGUAGUGUUGGAGUCCAGUUUGUCAGAACUUGGCUACAAAGCCCCCAUUGCCAGAAAGACAGGGACCACGAUCGCUGGCAUUGUUUACAAGGAUGGCGUGAUCCUUGGGGCAGACACCAGGGCAACAGACGACAUGGUGGUGGCUGACAAAAACUGCAUGAAGAUUCAUUACAUCGCUCCAAAUAUCUACUGCUGUGGGGCUGGCGUGGCUGCAGACGCAGAGAUCACCACACAGAUAAUGGCAUCCAACGUGGAGCUGCACACACUCAACACUGGGCGACCCCCCCUUGUUGCCAUGGUAACCCGGCAGCUGAAACAGAUGCUGUUCAGGUACCAGGGUCACGUCGGUUCAUCUCUGAUUGUUGGAGGAGUUGAUGUGACUGGAGCUCACCUGUUCAGUGUUUACCCACACGGCUCCUAUGACAAACUGCCUUUCCUCACCAUGGGCUCUGGAGCUGCAGCUGCUGUCUCUAUAUUUGAGGACAGAUUCAAACCAAACAUGGAGCUGGAGGAGGCAAAGCAGCUCGUAAAUGACGCCAUUGCUGCAGGGAUUUUCUGUGACCUGGGUUCAGGAAGCAACGUGGACUUGUGUGUUAUCACUGAAGCUGGGGUGGAGUACCUGCGAGGCUACGACAAGCCCACGAUGAAGGGAAAAAGAGAGGGACAAUACAGGUAUAAGCCUGGCACCACGGCCAUCCUGACCAAAACUAUAACUCCACUUUCUCUGGAUGUGGUCGACGAAUCUGUUCAGAUCAUGGACACUGAAUAAAACACAAUAAAAUAC